CUUUGUUGAGACAACGCUGCUGAGAGAAGAUGGGUUCAGCUGCUUCUGGUCCUGAUUUGAGAAUCGUGAUGAUUGGAAAAACUGGUGUGGGCAAGAGUGCUGUUGGAAACACCAUUCUUGGAGAAAAACAUUUUGAUUCCCGUCCCAGUUCAGAGUCAGUGACUGAGACCUGUAAGAAAGGUGUGACACUCUAUGGUAAGAGAGAGGUUACUGUAGUAGACACACCAGGAAUCCUGGAUACCAAGAAAUCCCAGGACUUCAUCAAAAAUGAAAUUGUGAAAUGUGUCGAAGUCUCAUGUCCUGGACCUCAUGUGUUCCUGCUGGUCAUCCAAGUUGGUCGAUUCACCACGGAAGAGAAGAACUCUGUAGAAGCCCUGCAAAAGCUGUUUGGUCCAAAAGCUAAUCAGUACAUGAUCGUGCUGUUCACCAGAGGUGAUGAUCUUGGAGACAUGAGCAUACAACAGUAUGUAACUGAGGGCAAGCCAGAGCUUCGACGAGUCAUCCAAAGCUGUGGACAAAGGUUCCAUGUCUUCAACAACACCAGGAAAGACAGAAGACAAGUGGAAGAGCUGAUCAAAAAAAUUGAUGACAUGUAUGCUGCAAACGGGGCAACAUUCUACACAGAUGCCAUGUACAAAGAGGUGCAGACAAAACAAAAGUCCAAGGGAAGCACAAGUGCUGACGAAUAUAGCUUUAUUACUUCACUGAUAGAUCGUAUUAUGCAUUUCCUUGUAAUUCUUGCAAGAGAGUAAAUGACCAAGAUCAGUAGCCAAAACACAUCAUCACCAUCCAGACAAAACAACACAGCUUCUGUGCCAAGUGUGAAAAUAUGUCAUAUAUUAAAACCCUUUAACACACAC